UCCCCAUCUAAUCAUCACCAGCUUCGUCUUCAUCCCCUUGCUGUCGUCUCCACUCCCAACAAAGAGACCACCCCUUCUUCCGGCCCUCCCGCCAUUGCUCUGCUCACUCCCCCUUCCUCCUCCUCCUCAAGCAGAAGCUCCGGCGCAACGCGAGCUGCCACUGCUGCUGAUGCUUCUGACCGGUUCACCAGUCGCCGCCGCCUGCUGGCUUGGUUUGCCCCCUUGCGCGCUCCCAGUCUCUCGCAGCCAAGGUGUUAGGAUGAAUCGACAGGUGAAGUGAAGCUUUGAGUGACCACAAGGAACAUGAAAUUAUUUUCUCCUCUUUAUCGUUGAACCUGCAGAAGAGAGAACUCAUGUGAAACACAGAAUGCCACAGAUCCUGUUUCUGUCAGCCUUCAGUUGAUGUUGAUGGUACUUCGGGAGAUCAUAUUGAUAAUGCUGGAAACAAGAAGUCAGUUGAUAGUUACUCUGUUCGAGUAGCUUGUUGAAUGGUAAACAAAAUAUUUUGGAAGUGCUAUAGUACUUGAUCAAACGAUGAAGUCAACAGUUUUUUCUGCAGUUGCUGUUUCCAUUGGUUAUAUAUUACUUGGAUGGGAUUUUACUACAGUUUUAGAGGCUAAUCUCCAUAUGAAAAAGGAAUUUGACUUGGAGAAUGGACCUUCUAUUGAGGGAAUAAUUCUAGCAGUCUCAGUUUUUGGGGCCAUUCUGAUCACAAUAUUCUCUGGAUCACUAUUAGAUUGGCUCGGCAGACGUGCCGUAUUGAUUUACUCAUCUCUGCUAUUAUUUUCCGGUGGCAUCCUAAUGCUGUGGUCUCCUAACGUCUACAUUCUACUCCUGGCUAGGCUAAUUGUUGGAUCAGGAAGUGGUUUGGUUUUCACCAGUGUCCCAAUAUAUAUCUCCGAAACAUCUUCUCCAGAUAUGCGGGGAUUACUGGGAACUAUGCCGCAGUUCAUGUUCAUCGUAGGAAUAAUCUUUUCCUAUUGCAUGGUAUUUUGGAUGACAUUGGCGUCUUCUCUUAACUGGAGAGUUAUGAUAGGCUCAAUCUUUGCACCUUCCAUUGUCUACUUUGCUGCAUUGGUAUUUUACUUGCCAGAGUCACCUAGGUGGCUUGUAAGCGAUGGAAAAAUUAGCGAAGCCAGAGUUUCUCUACAGUGGCUUAGAGGGAAGGAUGAUGUUUCAGGUGAAAUAGCUCUUAUUGCGGAUGGUAUGAACAUUAUACCGGGAAUGGGCAUUGGAGGACAUGCUAUUAGCAUUGCUCAAGGUCAAAGUUUCAUUCGAACAAGCACCAGCCAGCUUUCACGCUAUAGUAGUUUGUAUUGGCACCUUUCAGACCCACUAGUUGAUCUUCUUGGAAGCAUUCAUGAGAAUAUGUCAGAAAUAGGAAGUGUGCGGAACAAUUUCUUUCCGGCCUUCAGUAGUUUUAAUUUUGUAGAACAUGAACGGGUGGAUGAGCACAGGGAGGAUGAUGACGGUGCUCAACAGAUUAGGGAGGCUUAUCCUGCUGACGAAGACAAUAAUGAAGAUGGUUUACAGACUUCUCUGCUUUCUCAGGCUGCAACUGCAGAAGGAUAUGGUUCAAAUGCACCCUUUACCUCUGAAGGGAGCUCUUCAUAUUUAAGAAGGCAUGGCACAACAGGAAUCGUGCAAGAUCUUAUGUCUUCUUUACAUGAUCAUGACAUUGAAGAAGAAGAAGAAAUCCGUGAAGUACUAUCUCAUCAGCCUCCGGUUCACAAUAUGGAAAGCACAAGGAGACAUCCAUCCAGACAUCAAAUUGUCCGGCUAUCUGAAACAGCUGAUAUGAAACCUAAAUGGAGGGUACUUCUUCAGCCAGGAGUCAGGCAUGCUUUGUGCCAUGGCAUGUUAAUUCAAGCGCUUCAGGAGUCUGCAGGAAUCAGUGGUCUUCUCCGCUAUAAUCCUCAAAUUCUUGAACGAGUUGGAGUGGUUAGUUUGUUUUCGGACAUUGAACUUGGCUCUCAUUCAACAGCAAUCCUCAUAAGUGUCCUUAAUGCUUUUCUGAUGUUGCCUUGUAUAACUGCUGCAAUGAUGCUGAUGGAUAUCUGCGGAAGAAGGCCUCUUCUCCUUGUCACCACUCCCAUCCUAAUGUCGUCACUCAGUACAAUAGCUUUGUCCUCCAUAGUGAACAUGGGAUCUUUGGCGCAAGCAAUCCUCUUCCAACUCACAUUAACCAUUUGCUUCUGCUCGUAUGUCGUUGGUUUGGGGCCAAUACCAAAUAUUCUCUGCUCUGAGAUGUUUCCGACCAGGGCACGUGCAACCUGUGCUAGUUUUUGUUCACUUUCUUUCUGGUUUGGAAGACUGCUUUCAACAUACUGCUUUCCAGUGAUGCUGAGUACCAUUGGGCUCACCGGAGCAUGCGGUGUCUAUGCAUUCGUGUGCUCCAUUGUUCUUCUGUUCGUCUACUUCAGAGUGCCGGAGACAAAAGGUCUUCCCUUGGAGCUCAUUGCCGAGAUCUUCAAGUUUUCAAGGCAAGAAUGUCUAUAACAGAAACAUAGAAUGUUCAGGGCUGAAGGCGACACAAGCCAAGUGUUCACUGGAUGCUUGCUCUACUGCGUGUACAUAUGACAAAUGUAGCUUCGUUGCUGGAAUUUUUGUGCUCGUUAGGAGGAUUGGUGAUAGUGUUUGUAGUGAUUUAUCUACUUCAGGUCUAGAGGUACAACAAGAAGAUUUCAUUGCAUGAAUCUUUCAUGUAACUGACGGUUGUUGUAUAUACAGAUAAAAUCACAUGUGCUAGUUCCAAGAAUGUUGAUCCUCAAUGGUAACACAAAACAAAGCAUAUUAUAUUACUGAA